UCACCACUCACUAACACCUUGAUCUCCUGGCCUCAAGUGAUCCUCCUGCCUCAGCCUCCCAAAGUGCUGGGUACCAUGCUCAGCUUAGAAUGGGGAUUUUGAGGAUAUAGCCAGGCUCUCUCAAACAGAAGGUAAGAGGAAAGAUAGCUGAACUUGGAAUUAGGAAACCGAGGCCAAGUCCAGGCUCUGAUGUUUGUUAAAGGUGAAAAUCAGCACAAAUCUUACUACCUCUAGCCCUCCAUUUCCCCAUCUAUCCGAUGACAACCAUCCCACCUCCAUGUACCUCACAGAAUGCUCAAGGAAAAAUUAAAUCAUUUUCAAAAUGUAAAAAUUAUUUUAAAAGAUUGCAUAAGUAAUUCAAUUAUCAUAGUCCUAGUCACAAAUGGUAAAGCACUUGUAGAGCUGAGGAACUUUCUGUCCUUUAAGAGAUGCAGCUAGGAAGUGAGAUGCACUCAGGAAAACCAGGCAGCACUUGAAUUUAUUCUCAGUGGUGAGGCGUGACUCAUGCCCUUCCCUCUGUAAGACUGCCUUCCCUAACGCCUGGAUUCUUGCCUGUUCCUGACACUUCUUUUCACCCUUACCCUUCUUCAGGUAGGCUGUAAUUGUUUGUUUAUUCAAUUCAUUCAGCAUCUUCCUUGAGUGCUAUGUAUUAGGUGCUAAGUUAGGCACUUAAGACAGAGUGGUGAACCAGGCAAUAUGAUCUGAUCUCCUGGGAUGGCGCUUUAGUAGGGCAUGUAUUAGAUAGGUUUUUUUUCUGCUUGACUGUCCCAACUAAAUCGAUUUGGACAGCAGUAUUAGAAACCUAAAGAGACAAAAAGACAGAUCAUCCAGCAGGCUUUCAGCAGCCUGUGGAUCACUGUAGCAAAGUCAUAGGUCUCAGAUGCAUGGAGAAGAUGAUGACCUGGAUUUAGUGAACAAAUCCAUGGUCAGCAAAGGUGGAGAGGAGGCUCUGGAUAUAGAGGCAGCAGAUGCCACCGCAGCAAAACCACUCUUCAGAAGAUGACCAAGCCUCCGUGAUUACCUGUCCAGGACAGCCGUUUCUAUAAGAUCAUUAACAACAAAGAAAGCAAGCACCAGCAAACCCAGCAGCGCUCUAGGAAGAAGAGAAAGCCCUGUUUUCGGGACUAAGGGAUGACAAAUGAGAUCCUCUGUUGGGCUUUAUGUCUAAAGCUUGAAUUUCAAGCAAUUUCCUCACUUAAGAUCAGGAGUUCAAGACCAGCCUGGCCAACAUGCCAUGGAUUGUUACAGAACCUCACCAAGCAAUUCCUGGAUUUACCCCACUGUGAUCCUCUGCAUAUUUGGUUUUUUCUCCAUGAUGAGACCCUCAGAACCAUUCCUUAUCCCAUAUUUAUCUGAACCAGAUAAAAACCUGUCCAGUGCAGAGAUAACAAAUGAGAUAUUCCCUGUUUGGACAUACUCCUACCUGGUGCUGCUGCUGCCUGUGUUUGUCCUCACCGAUUACGUCCGCUACAAGCCAGUCAUCAUCUUGCAAGGUAUCAGUUUCAUCAUUACCUGGCUGCUGCUCUUGUUUGGCCAAGGAGUGAAGACCAUGCAGGUUGUAGAGUUCUUCUACGGGAUGGUGACCGCCACCGAGGUGGCCUACUACGCCUACAUAUACAGCGUGGUCAGCCCCGAACACUACCAGAGAGUGAGUGGCUACUGCAGGAGCGUCACGCUGGUCGCCUACACAGCAGGGUCCGUGCUGGCCCAACUCUUGGUAUCCCUGGCGAACCUGUCAUACUUUUACCUCAACGUCAUAUCCUUGGCCUCUGUCUCCAUAGCCUUCCUUUUCUCACUUUUCCUACCAAUGCCCAAGAAAAGCAUGUUUUUUCAUGCAAAACCCAGCAGAGAAAUAAAGAAGUCAUCGAGUGUGAAUCCAGUAUUAGAGGAAACUCACGAAGGUGAAGCGCCAGACUGUGAAAAGCAGAAACCCACAUCAGAAAUACCCAGCACUUCAGGGAAGCUGAACAGCCUGAAACCCAGGAAUGUGACUGUGGAAGUUUUUGUGCAGUGGUUCCAAGAUCUGAAGGAGUGCUACUCCUCAAAACGUCUUUUCUACUGGUCUCUCUGGUGGGCUUUUGCCACAGCAGGUUUUAACCAGAUUUUGAACUAUGUUCAAAUCCUGUGGGAUUACAAGGCACCUUCCCAAGAUUCUUCCAUCUAUAAUGGGGCUGUAGAAGCUACUGCAACCUUUGGAGGGGCUGUGGCUGCCUUUGCAGUGGGUUACGUGAAAGUCAACUGGGACCUUCUGGGAGAGCUGGCUCUGGCGGUCUUCUCAGUUGUCAAUGCAGGUUCUCUAUUUCUCAUGCAUUACACAGCCAACAUCUGGGCGUGCUAUGCUGGCUAUUUGAUAUUCAAGUCCAGCUAUAUGCUUCUUAUAACCAUAGCAGUAUUUCAGAUUGCAGUUAAUCUGAGUGUGGAACGCUAUGCCCUGGUAUUUGGAAUCAACACCUUUAUUGCCUUGGUGAUUCAGACCAUCAUAACUGUGAUUGUAGUAGAUCAGAGAGGGCUCAACUUGCCAAUCAGCAUUCAGUUUUUAGUUUAUGGGAGCUAUUUUGCAGUAAUUGCUGGAAUUUUCCUAAUGAGAAGCAUGUAUAUUAUCUAUUCAACCAAAUCCCAGAAGGAUGUACAGAGCCCUGCUCCAAGUGAGAAUCCAGAUAUGUCUCACCCAGAGGAAGAGAGUGAUGUCAUCACAUCAACAAAACUCUAACCUCAUUGCAACAACUGCAGCAGUGGCUUUUAAAGCUAUGCAAUAAUAAGGAAGGAUUUUGAGAUGGGUGGCAUAUGUUUUGCCAUAACUUGACAUGCUUUUUGCAAAUCGGGAUUCCAAUGGACCUUUCAAAACCACAACGAAACCUCAGCUUUAGACGAGUUCUCUAUCUGCCCAAUUUUACUGGAUGCAAUUGACAGAACCCAUCGUCGUAAUUAAACAACCCAUAUUGGGGACCCCCGUGACCAGUAGCAGCUGGAAAAUUCUGGUUUUUCUCACUUGUACGGACAUGCAGAUGGUGUGGAACCAAACCAUGAGAAAACUCCAGCUAUCCUGGAGUUGGUAUUCACCAUUUGUGGGGAGAAACACUAACUGGACGGACCCUAUUGCUUGGCUUAAAUACUUGUUUGAUCUUACCAAAGAAGUCAAUGCAUGGGACCUUUUUGUCACACGAGCCAUUUCCUUUCUUCUUCUAAUAAGUGUAUUUCUGUUUAAGUUACAGUUCUCCAAGAGAAUUACAAGGUUUAUCCCAUUUCUAAGGGCUUGUCUUCAACUCUGAUAACAGCAUUAUUCACAAGUUAUGAUUUGAUAGUAUUAUUUAAUUUUUUAUGAUUAUUUUCCAUGUUGUGCUCUGAGUUUUGCUGUUGAAAGUCUACCUCAAGAAUAGCUCCAGACCCUCUUGUGUAUUUGCAGAAUGACACUCAGGUCAUUUCCCAGUGGCCUGGGAGAGGCAGGGAGCCUUCUCUCCACCACCAUAUAGAGGUGUUAAUGCAUCUGUGAGCCAGGUGCAGUGGCUCACUCCUGUAAUCCCAGCAAUUUGGGAGGCCAAGGUGGGAGUUUUGCUUGAGGCCAGAGGUUCAAGACCAGCCUGGGCAACACAGUGAGACCUGACUCUACUAAAAAAUUUAAAAAUUAGCUGGGCAGCAUGGUGUGUGCCUGUAGUCUCAGCUACUUGGGAGGUCAUGGGGGGAGGAUGGGUUGAGCACAGGAGUCAGAGGCCACAGUGAGCUAUAAUUGCACCACUGCACUCCAGCCUGGGCAACAGAGUAAGACUCUCAUCCCCCUCUCCCAAAAAACAGCACCUGUGUGAUGUCUGUCUAAAAUAGGAACACUUAAGGAGGUUUCUAGAAGUAUUAGAAAUAAGAAAACACUGAUGGAGGGAGUGGAAUGAAACACCUGUUUUUUGUUUGUUUGUUUGUUUGUUUGUUUUGAGACAGAGUCUCGCUCUCUCACCCAGCCUGGAAUGCAGUGGCGUGAUCUUGGCUCACUGCAAACUCCGCCUCCUGGGUUCAAGCCAUUCUCCUGCCUCAGGCUCCUGAAUAGGUGGGACUAUGGGUGCGCAUCACCAUGCCUGGUUAAUUUUUAUAUUUUCAGUAGAGAUGGGGUUUCACCAUAUUGGCCAGGCUGGUCUCAAAUUCUUGACUUCAGGUGAUCUGCCUGCCUUGGCCUCCCAAAGAGCUGAGAUUACAGAUGUGAACCAUCAUGCCGACCAAAACACCUAAUUUUUAAAUGGCAGCAAUUGUGCUACAUAAAAUGUGUCAACAUUUUAAAGAGUUUUUAACAUUUUUUUUGAUGAAUUCUGCUGAAAAUUAUCUGAACAUACCUGUUUUUCGAAACUUCAAGAAGGGAUGCAUUGAGCAGUCUGACAGUGAGAAUAAAGAAUGCUGAGUCAAGAUUUAUAUCAGGGCUGGCAGCUGUGGCUCACACCUGUCAUCCCAGCAAUUUGGGAGGCUGAGGUGAGAGGAUAAUUUGAGGGUCGGAGUAUGAGACCAUCUUGGCCAACAUAGCAAGACCCUGUCUCUAAAACAAAUCAAAAAAAUCUUUAAUUGCAUUUUGAUAUGGUUUGGAUCUGUGUCCCCACCAAAUCUCAUGUUGAAGUGUAAUCCCCAGUGUUAGAGGUGGGGCCAGCUGGCAGGUGACUGGAUCAUGGGAGUGAAUCCUUCAUGAAUGGUUUAGCACCAUCCCCUCAGUGCUGUUCUCAUGACAGCGAGUUAUCGCAAGAUCUGGUUGUUUAAAAGUGGGUAGCACCUCCUCGCUCUCUCUUUCUCCUGCUUUGGCCAUGUGAAGAUGCCUGCUCCCACUUUGCCUUCUGCCAUGAGUAAAAGCUCCCUGAGGACUCCCAGAAGCAGAUGCUGCCAUGCUUCCUAUAUAGCCUGUGAGCCAAUUAAACGCCUUUUCUUACAAA